AUGACCGGCGAGCCAUCGCCCACGGACUCGGAGAAGUCCCUCGAGUCCUCGCGUGAGUACCUGUCGCCGACGGACUUCGAGCGGACCCCGGCAAAGCCCGGCAGCCUGACGCCCGGCGACGCGCGAGCAAGCCGCGCGCCGGCAUCAUCGGACCAGGCGCCGCCGCCCCCGCCCCCGCCGCCGGCACAGCAGCCGCAGCAUGUGGCACCGGUCGAAAGCGCCGCACCGCCCUCGAGGCAGCCUCGGCCGCCGGUGGCGUUGUCCCGCCGGGCCAGCGCCGCCGGGCCGGUGGACCUGGAAAAGGAGCUGGGCUUCGAGCUGGGGGACCUGCCAGCGGCGGGGUCCGGCGGCGCGGCGACGACAGACGACGACCCGGCCGAGCGCCGGCGCGCGGGCGGCAGCCGCGCACACUCCCUACGGGCAGCCGGGUCGCCGCGGCUCGGGGCCCUGACCGGGGCCCGGCCGCCGGUGCACCUGACCGUGGACACGAGCCCGGCCGCGUUGCAUUCCACCAGCGGCGGAGGCUCGGCCAUGGGGCUGCCGCUGUACCGGUCGCCGGUGUUGGCGGCCGUGGCCGAUGGCUGGGACACCGAGGGCAGUCGACGGAGCCCGGUGCCGGGCGGGCCGGCCGGCGGGCCGGCCGGGUCCGGCGGCGGGGCGCGCGCGCGCAUGUUCGCGCCGGCCGUGUCGGCCCUGGCUCGCGCCGUGGCCGGGGCCUUCGGCUCGCCGGAUGCCAUCCACUUCCAGGUGGGCCGGGCCGACUUGGAGCAGGUGGAGCCCGUGUCGCUGGGGACGCCGAUGACCCCGAUCAGCGCCGGGUCCGCCGGGCCGUCGGCCAUCCCCGCCCGCAUGGACAUUGCCUCGUCGCUGCCGGUGACGCCGAUGUCCACCAAGAGCCUGGAGAAGGCCAGCGGCGAGGCCAUCCAGGCGGUCCGCCUCAGUUGGAACGACAUAGUUCACCGGGUGGUGGUCAACAAGAGCAUCUUCCGGCGACGCAGCGGCGAGGAGAAGGUCAUCCUGGACCGCGUGUCCGGCAUGGCCCUGCCCGGGCGAGUGCUGGCCAUCAUGGGCCCCUCCGGCGGGGGCAAAACCUCGCUCCUGGACGCGGUGUCCGGCCGGCUGCCCGGCAUCAAGGGCCAGGUCCUGGUCAAUGGGGCCCCGCUGCCGAAGAACUUCCGCCGGGUGUCGUCCUACGUCAUGCAGGACGACCUGAUGUUCACGACCCUCUCGCCGCGGGAGCAGCUGACAUUUGCGGCGCGCGUGCGCCUGGCCCCGAGCCUCACCUCGGCCGACAUCGCCGAGCAUGUGGAGAUCCUGCUGGACCAGCUGAGCCUGACCCGGGUGGCGGACACCCUGGUCGGCCGGCAGGGCGCCCGCCGGGGGCUGUCCGGCGGCGAGCGCAAGCGCACGGCCAUCGCCUACGAAAUGAUCACCAACCCGUCGUUGCUGUUCCUGGACGAGCCGACCAGCGGCCUGGACUCCUUCACGGCCUUCAGCCUGCUGGAGGUGCUGAAGAACCUGGCCCGCGAGGGCCGGACCAUUGUCACGACCAUUCACCAGCCGAGCUCCGACAUUUUCGCCAUGUUCGACGACCUGGUGCUCCUGUCCCGCGGACGAGUGGCCUACUUCGGCGAGGCGGCCCUGGCGGUGGACUACUUCUCCAAGAUUGGCUACGAGUGUCCCACCUACACCAACCCCUCGGACUUCUUCAUGAAGGUCCUGCACAGCCACUCGGCCGAGGAUGUCACCCGGGUGCAGCACAUCACGGCCACCUUCGAGGAGCAGUCGGCCCCGCAGCUCCGCCAGGAGAUCACCCAGCAGACCCACCGGCCGGGGUUGACACUGACCGCGCCCCAGCGCGCCACCACAUGGGUGGAGCUGGUGGCCCUGACCGGGCGCAGCAACAAGACCUUCAUCCGGAACCCGGUGACCUUCUGGGCCCGGAUGGCCCAGACCGCCCUGACGGCCCUCAUGGUGGGGGCCCUCUUCUGGCGCAUUGAGCUGACACAGUCGGGCGCCCUCGGCCGCAGCGGCGCCCUCUUCUUCUUGAUCACCUCGCUGGUCAUGUCAUCGGCCAUGAGCUUCGUCCUGACCUUCCCGGUGGAGCGGUCCAUCCUGCUGCGCGAGCAGAUGAGCGAGAUGUACUCCACCACCACGUACUACUGGUCUAAGUUCCUGAGUGAGCUGCCCUGGUCCUUCCUCUUCCCGAUCAUCUUCACCCUCAUCGCCUACUUCAUGCUGGACCUGGCCCUGGAUGCGGGGAAGUUUUUCAUCUUCCUAUUUGUCCUGUGGAUCUUGACCAGCCUGUCGGUGGGCAUCGGUGUGGUGCUCGGGUCGGCCUUCUCCAAUCCGGAGGCCGCGGUCACCGUGGCCCCGAUUGUCAUUGUUCCCCUGAUGGUGUUCGGCGGGUUCUACAUCAGCGCCGAGGACAUGCCCUCCUGGCUCAGCUGGGUCCAGUACAUUUCUCCGCACAAGUGGUCCUUCCAGGCGAUCCUGAUCAAUGAGUUCCGCGGGGUCGAACUCCACUGCACGGAGAAGGAGUACAUCGUCACGCCAGACGGGGCAAAGAUCUGCGCGGUUACCACCGGCGAGCAGGUCAUCGAGCGCUUCGACAUGGAGCCCACCGAGCGCUACAUGUGGAAGUCCAUCUGGAUGCUGACCAUCCUCUUUGUGUCCUUGAGAAUCUGCGGCUGGCUGUUCCUCGUGUACCAGACCCGCCGUGCGACCGGCGCCGGCCGGUGGCGGCUCUGAGCGUCGGCCGCCGAGAACCUCAAGACGAGCCUGGUGUGUGUGCGCACGCGCGCACACGCGAGGGC